AUUGAGACCUUUAACCUUGAGUGGAUACAGCGGGUGUUUCCGUUCAUGGCGGCGCCCAUGUGAGAUCUCUCCCCCUGCAUCUAACCUCUCUCCCCCCGGGUAUGUGGGCUCGUUGUUGCCGCCGGCUACUGCCCGCUGCGCUGCCCGCCCGCCUGGUUCCGUGUCGCGGCCGCAAGUGCCGCACCGACCCGCCGGCCCGCUCCAAGGCGGAUCGACUGCGAGUGCCCACGCCCGUCGACCCGGCCGAGCUGCUGGUGGUGCAGGAUCGCUACAGGCACUACGUUGCUGUGGUCGCUGCACUGCGGGGUGAGUUCAAGGAGGCCUUGUUGCGGAAGCGUUAUGAAGAGGAGGUGGGCUCGCUGGCGGAGGAGCGUGCCAGGACAGAGGCUGAGGAGCAUCGGAGGCUGAUGGAGUUUAACCAGCAGGAGAACCAGCGGCUGCAGGGGCUGCGGGACGAUCGGCUCCGGCAGGAGGCUGAACUCGAGGCGGAUCGGAGUCUCCAGGCCGCUGCUAGCAGGGAAAAUAAACGGGCCGAAUUCCUCAGCGAGAAGGAGAGGGAGGUUCUCCAACUGCAGGAGGAAGUGAAGAGUUUCAUCACACUGGAGAACCUGGAGCAGCGAAUCGAGGAGGCUCUGGACAGUCCGCAGAGUUAUAACUUUGCCCUGGACAAGGAGGGCAGAGUGGCAAAACAAACCGUGCAGCAGUAGGGUGGACCCGUUCGACAACCCCUGGCUUGCUUGGAACCCAAACCCUUGGGUGGGGAGAGGA